AUGCUACCUAGAUACCAUCCUCAGGUAAAACCACCCGUGCCUCACUUCCCCGAGGAAGAUGCCAAGCUACGAGCCACAAACCUCACCAUCAGAAGGGGAGGCAACUGUCCCAACUCGCUGGAGGUCCUCCAGCAGCUCGUCACUGACAAGGACAAUGUGAAAUUACACCUGGUAUCGUGUCUGCCUCGCCAGGACGCGCCUAGCACGAGGCGGAUAUUGUCUUCGUUUGGGACUGCUUCGGGGAUAAAUUUCGGGCACUGCAUUUAUCGACAGGACCACACGGAGGCGGCGAGCAGUUACGUCAUUAGGAGUCGGGAGAGUGAUAGCCGGACUAUUGUGAAUUACAAUGGGUUGCCGGAAAUGACUUGUGAUGAGUUUGCUGCCAUUGUGAGGGAGUUCGACCAACACCACCGCGGUGAGCAAACGUGGUGGCAUUUCGAGGUACGUGGCCGCAUCCCCGAGACGACGCUCGCAUGUAUCCAUUUGCUACGGCAGAGGCUGCCCAAUGCGAAGAUUAGUGUGGAAGUUGAGAAGCCAGGUAGGGAGGGUCUAUCACAACUUGCAGCUCAAGCGGAUGUGGUCUUCUAUUCCCGGACUUGGCCGAGGGUACAAGUCUGCCGAAGAGUGUCUCAGAACAGAAUCCUGUCGCCAAGGGUGAGUAAGACACCUGGAGAGAGCAAAGUCGCCCUGCAGGUUCCCCUUUUUUGUUUCUUCCUUUUCACGCUGACAAGUCCUCCAGUUCACUUGGACUGUGCACUUGGGGUGCAGACGGGGCGACUGCCAUGUCUCAGGCAACUGGAGCGUGUAUUCACUGUCCUGUGGAGAGAAAUGCCGACCAAAUAUCAGUCGUUGAGUGAGUUCCAACCCACAGUUUUGGCCCUGCAGAAGCAUUCUUGGGGUAAAUGGAACGUUGGUACUCCAUACUCCGUGAGGUGUGCUAUUUUGCUUAGGACAAGAGAGCAUACGCUCUUCUAUAUAUCCACUGAGAAACGCUGCGGCUGGCAACCGAGAUUUGUUCUGCGGAUCAAAAGCUAA